AAAUUUGUCACGAAUUUGAGUACUGGUAUUCUAUUAUGGAUUCAGAUAUUGGUAAUAACGUGAAUCAAAAAGUGGCAGCUGAAGAUGAAAGUCCCGAUUAUAAUAUAGACGAAGGUGAUGAAGAUAAUGCGAAUGAAGAA